UUGAUUGUACUACAUAUACUAAUUUUGUCAGUUUGAAUAAUUUUGUUAACUGCUUUUAAUCGAUGGGAACUGGAAUGAAGUUGUUUUGAUCAAGCUGAAACCAGCAAAGGUUCUUUUGCCAAUUACACUUAGCUUUUAUACACUGGCGACAACAUAAAGGACCACCGAAAUAUGAUAGGGAAAAAUAGUUCAUACAAAUUAUAAGAUGGAUUUAAAAUUAAAAUGCACUUUGACAUUGGAACAAAGCUGGAUUUUGAUACUUCUCUCAUUUCUCAUGUCGAAUGCAAUGUGUGGUCAGGUUCGUAAUCAGAGACUUGGAUGCUUCGCGGAGGAGGAAUCUCCGACUUUGGCACUUUUCUGUCCAGAGGGCCAGUUCCUAAGGAUCGUUUCAUCCAAGUUUGGUUUAAGCCGCUUCCGCCUUUGUUUCCGUAUCGUGCACGACUGUGUGGAGGAAGGGUCGUCCUUGGAAGGAUGCUGCGGUCAACAGAGUUGCCAAUUUACGGUGAAUAGAAGAUAUUUACAGACAUGUGGAGGGAGCAGCUCGUACUAUCAAGUCCUUUAUGAAUGUGUUGAUUAUAUCCAAGAUGCAGGAUGCCGGACAACGACAGUUUCAACAAUUUCGUUGCCACCUACAACCUCAGUUCCUACUCGACGUUGGCCUACUACAACACCCCACCCAUUUAACAAAUUCCUACACACUAACCGAUCAACUGUACGUGUGACCAUCUCAAACGUUUCAAAUACACCACGCCAUCGGACAAGUAUUGCCAAGAUCAUAGAAUUUCUGAGCAAUAUUGUCAAUAGAAAUUCCACCCAGGCUACAGGGCAAAGCACUAUUUUGUCAAAUCUGACCACGACACCAGCGCCACCUGUAAGAGUAACCAAUGUGCCGCCAUUUUGGAAUACAUUUCUUAAAACAACUGUGACCCCACCUGAUGACCACACUUUCCGAACGCUUGGAAGGACUGUAUACACCGCUUACCCCAUUAAAACUACCACACCAUCAAUUGAGUUUGCUCCGACACACUGGUCUAAUGCCACUGAAAUCCCCGACACACAGUCAUUUGAUACAGAAAGUGAAAUGAAAAGUGAACAAGUUACUCUAUCAGGACAACCUCUGGUAUAUGGUUCAACUGAACCUGGAACAAAAACAAGGGAUAUGUCUUUGUUAGACUUCUGGAGGAGCUUACUGUCAAGUAAAACAACAACAGUAACAACAACGGCGACAAUUACAACAACCUCGCCAGCAGAGAUAGAUAAGCUCACGCAAGUUCAUGUUAAAAAUACCGAAGAGCAAAUAUUCACUUCGCCCAGUGUCAAUACUUUUGAAACCACUUCAACUCAGGCUGUCCAAAAAGAAAUAUCUUCUCAAUACGAUAUAUCUGAUUCAACCCAACCUACAAGAGAAAGUACCAGUGGUCUAUAUUCGGAAUUAGCCGGUGGAAAUGAGGAUACGACAAUAGACAUGUCUACCACAUCAGUAAUUCUCUACAAUUUGGUUGUCACUAACACCCCAGACCCAAUCGAUGUUUCAAAAGUGAAAGACAUAGCAACGAAUGGUUUAACUACCAUUCCUGUCAAACCUACAACUACACAUAUCGCAACCACCGUCUCAUCGGCAAAAGCAUCUUUAACAUCACCCUCUUAUAUUUCUUUAUCUCCUCGAGCUCCAUCUAUAAGUACACUAACAUUAAGAACAGAAACACCCACAAUUACAUUAUCACCAUCAUCAUCAACACCAAUAACAGAAGAAACGUCCUCCAUUAUAUCUCCUCGUGUAAGUGAUCCAUCAUCCUCUAUGUCAGAGGAAAUGAACGACUCAUACACAGAAAGUCCAAUAACUGCAUCAACACAACCUAACCAAACACAGAACAGAGUGCAUCUUUCAAUGAAUGUCUCAAACAUCUCAGAUAGUUUGAAUACCAUUGUUGUCCGAGUAGAAAAAGGUCCAGAAAUAGUGGACAAUACAUCUUCACAAACUCCUAAAACCAGUUCUGAAGAAUACACAACAGAAAAGCAAAUAGCCGAUGUAAUUGGAAACAAUGGGGUCGGCAUUACCCCUAGCGCAGAUCUUGCCUUAGGUGUCACGACGGACUCAUAUGACGACGUUUAUUUCGAAACUUCUAAUGAUUUACUAGAAGAGAACAAUUCCGACGAUUUCGAAUUUGCCGAUUCAGAUUUAGCAAGUGAUGCUGAUGACUUUGGUACGAGUGUCAAGAACAUACCAAAUCCAUGUGGUCAGAUUGCAGACGAUGACGAGGGGCGGUUGAAGAAACCACCAGAUCAUCCAGAGGCCCCUGCAGAAUGCUACAAUCCUGAACAUGGGGAAUCUACUUCCUAUUCUCAAAACACAUUGAUUGGUAUCGCUUGCGCAGAGGCAUUGGUGUUCCUCGCAUUGAUGUUGGUCCUUAUGCUCUACCUACGCAGGCGGUAUCUUGCCAAGUCUGUACAGUGGGCAGAGAAGAAUAAAAGGGGCUUCAGCUUUGGAGCGCUGAUACGCCCUACUAAACCAUUCGAAGAUAGAUUCGAUCCAGAGAAUGGAUGUACAGUUCUUGACGAUUGCCCUCCAAUUAAGAAACACCUAGCCUCGGUUAGACCAGCGUAUAAUGACACCAUCUUCAGAUUUGAACCUGACUGGGUUGAGAAUGAUCCCCCUGAAGAAAGAGCCUGUGAAGCAGUUAUCAAGUGCAGUACUAGCGAAGCACAACCAGUUUCGAAACCUACUAGAACAAAACCCAAAGCUCCAAAACCUCCCAGAAGAACAACAUCACAUGAGAUUGAUAAGUCCAUUCUAACAGUAUCUGAUGAGAACAGUGGGGCUGACAGCGGUGUUACAACAGAUCAUGAAGAGCCCAUUGGGAUUGAUGAGAUAGAAGAGGAAGCUAAUCAAACAGGUCAAAGCAAGGGACGGUUCAACAAUGUGAUGAUGGAACUACUUCAAACAAUUCCACUCAAAGAUGAAUACGUGGUAAGAUCCAACCAUAGACACCAGUUUGGUAUAAGGGGACCGCCGAAAAUACCAAAUAAUGAUUCCAAAACGGAAAAACAAAGGAUUCGAAAACCUCCACGAUCAAGACAACAUUCUGCUCCCAAUAGUAAUCGAUCUUCACGCCAAGGCAACGUAGAAUCAAAAUCCUACUUGGAUAACGACAUUGAUAAUGAUGAACUGUUUUACGAUGACAAGACACACAAAACCAUUCAUAAAAGUUUUGAAGAACUAGAUACAACCCGAGAACAGUUUGAAAAUAUAGUGAACAAGCUAUUUGAUAAAGUUGACGAGCCUCCUUAUAUCAACACUGUUAUUGAAAACGGACGUGUUAAGAUUCUGGGGGAAACAUGUGACAAACACAUAAUUCCAAGUAAACAAACCCAGAACGUCAAGUUCAAAGAUUCUGAUCCGACCUCGACUGCAAACGGUGCAUUGAAAGAUAUAUUAGACUCUAAAAGAAGCAAAAAGGUGAAGUCAUGUUUAAAAUCUAAUAAAAAAGACAGAAAUGAACAUGUUAUUGAUGGGUAUGCACCAUCUAAUGUUGGUGAUGAAGCACACUAUUCAAAAGUGCCACAAUCACAUAAUCUAAUGUCCACACAAGAACCAAGGUUUGUCGUCAACAUUUACGGAUCAUCAGAGAGUUUGGAAAAACAAUGUCGGAGUAAAGGAGUAAAAAACAAUUCAAAAAUAAAAAGAUCAAGAAACAGUCAGGACAAAAAAGUUCAUAAAAAUGUUCAUAUUACUGAUGAAGUUUAUCCAGAGAGAAAUACAGAACUAAUUAAUCUUGCACGUGACAUAAAUGACUCUAAGAGAAUCCUGAAUAGCCAAGCUUUAACAAUGUUAUAA